AUGCAGAUUACUACGUUUCCGAUGCUACGACAGAUCGAAGAAAAUUGCCGACAUAUUUGCCAAAGGGCGCCUCUCGAGCGAGCGUCCCCUGCAGUGAUUGGAUCUCAAGUAUACGGGGUUAGAAUCUUGGCAUCAUUUGCGGGCGCUGCUCCCCUCGAUUGCGCACCACGCAAUGGUUUGCGCCCAAACUUUGCCACCGCAUCGGGGGACUUGUACGAGGCCCUUUUGAGUCUUUGACUUCAUAUCAUUUUGAGUUCAUUUACCGGUGUGACGUUGUAGCAUGCAGUGUGUCACGAAGGAAGAGUUGGUUGGAUUGGUGGUCUUUUCUGUGGGGUCGACCCCGAGCAGAGCUUGAAGAUAUUACGGUUGCAAGUAUAGACAGGCAUUUUAACUGAUAAAAAAGAAAAAAAAAGGAAAAGAAAAGAAAAAAGGAGGUUAUCUUGGGUCCGGAGCACGGUGAUGUGAUUAUACGGACAUCAAGUUCUAGUGGCUUUAUUUCUAGGCAACCUGGUAACACAAGCCCCGGGAUCCGGAUAUGCUGUUCAAAGCUCCUUCCUACCUGUCUAUCCCUGUAAUAUUUCCACUCAUCACGUUCCUGGCUGGCGGUACCUAUAGACAAGGUUGACCGCUAUGCCCUUGCAAAGCUGAUCAUAGGUAUUUGCUAGUCUUGUUAACCAUAGCGAUCUGAUAUUGUUGAAGAGCACCCGC